GAAAUCUGCUCCCCUUGCUUCCGAGAGCUCCGGGCUGGGGCGGGAGACGAGCCCGAGAGCGGUAUCCGAGGAGCACAGCGGGGUCUCUCUCGCACGCGCACGCAGGGAAAACAAAACCCGUUAGGAACCAGAAGACAGCGGGGUCAGGCGAGGAACCUGCCGCAGCUCAGCUCAGCUCAUCCGCCGAGAAGACAAAUUGCAGCGGCCGCCGCUCGUGAAUGCACAGGGCCGGGCGCGGCGCCUUCGCCACCCAAACAAACCCGCAGCAGCACCGCGUGCGGCUCCCGCCCCGACUCCUGCCUCUGGCUCCCGGCAGCCUCGCCUCCUCCGCCCCUCCCCGAGCCAGCCGGCGUUAACGGGGCCAUCCCAGGCACGAGAAAGUUGGGAGCGGAGUGAGGGUGGGGGCUGGAGGCUGAAGAAGAGACUCCCCCCCUCCCCAGGACUGCGCGGGGAAGGUGGGAUGAAAGGCGGAAAAGGAGGAGAGGGAGGGUGGAAAACUGUUGCAUUUCUGGGCUCGCUCGAGCGACGCCUCUUGGCCAGCCUCGCAGAGGUGAAGGAGGAGCAGGGAAAGUAACUCGGGAGAAGUGACCGGGAUUAUUUUUCAAUCCGAGAGGAGUCUUUUGAAAAGGAAAAAGAAAAGCGACGGUUUGCACGCCCUGCAGAGCGAGCUCGCGGGAAGCCUUGCACAGACACAUGCUGCUGGGCGAGCGUGCAGGCUCGUACUCUUCCUCAACUCAACAGGGUACUAACGUUACAAAAAAGCACCACAUAGUAAACAGAGACACGUCGUGCAACAGAAAAAAGGAAGAUGGGAAUGAAGGGAAAAAGAAACUAAAAUCAGGAGAAGGCGGAGAAAACACAGUGACAACAAAUUACUUCCAAAAGAGAGAGAGAAGAAGGAAUAACCAAGAGGAUUCGUUCAGCAGCGCCUGCGAUCUGCUGCUUUGGAGAUUUGUUUUGUUCCUGGGGGAUGCUGGUUUCCAGACCUUGACUUGUGCAUGUUGCUCUUUUAAUUUGAUCGCAGAUUUUGCUCUGCUGGUUGCUUGUUUUGCAAGCGAAAGAAAGGGGAGCCUGGCUUCGGUGUUAAAAGUUGCAAUUAUUAUUUUGCAGCUAACAUGUGCACCAACAUAGUCUAUGAGUGGCUGAAGACCCUGCAGCUUUCCCAGUACGCGGAGUCCUUCGUAGAUAAUGGCUAUGAUGACCUGGAGGUUUGCAAGCAAAUAGGGGAUCCGGACCUGGAUGCCAUUGGGGUGUCGGUGCCCCACCACAGGCGCCGAAUCCUUGAAGCAGUGGUGAGGUUGAAAGAGGAGGACGAGACCGCUGCUGGUCUCUAUUUCACCUUGGAGCCUCAGCAGCAGCAGGGCUCGCCCUCUCCUUCCCCAGAGAUCUACACUAGCCACCUGGUGGAGCACUAUGAGGCUAAGGCUUGGAGGGAGCCUAGCCCUCGCCAUCGUCAGGGGAAUCAGGGGACCGUCAGGAGCCAGAAACUUGGGCCCCACAGCAAGGAGCUGGUGAUUUACCCAAAACUGAAACUGAAAAUCAUGAUUAGGGAUAAACUCAUCCGGGAUGGGAUCAACCUGAGCAAGCCUCCUUACUCCAACAAGGACGGGUCAUUGGGUAACAUUGAUGACCUGGCACAGCAGUACGCAGAUUACUAUAACACCUGUUUUACUGAUGUGUGUGAGAGGAUGGAGGAGCUGCGCAAACGGAGGGUUUCUCAAGACCUUGAUAUGGAGAAACCCGAUGCCAGCCCCACAUCGCUACAGCUGCGAUCCCAGAUUGAAGAAUCGCUUGGCCUCAGUAGUACUGUGUCAACACCAGAGACUGAAAGAAAGCUUUCCCUUCAUAAAUCAAGUUCUGAAGAAAGCUCUGUAGGGAAAGCAGACUGGAAAAAGAAGAAUAAGUAUUUUUGGCAGAAUUUCCGAAAGAACCAGAAAGGAAUAAUGAGACAGACUUCGAAAGGAGAGGAUGUUGGUUAUGUGGCAAGUGAGAUCACAAUGAGCGAUGAAGAACGAAUCCAGUUGAUGAUGAUGGUGAAAGAGAAGAUGAUCACCAUUGAGGAAGCACUUGCUAGGCUGAAGGAAUAUGAGGCCCAGCACAGGCAGUCAGGCAUCAUAGACUCUGCAGAUUGGCCUGAUGGCUCGUACCCAACAUUUGACGGGUCUUCCACUUGUAAUUCAAGAGAACAAUCGGAUGAUGAAACAGAGGAGUCGGUGAAGUUUAAGAGGUUGCACAAGCUGGUUAACUCUACUCGCAAAGUCAGAAAGAAACUAAUUAAGGUGGAAGAAAUGAAAAAACCCAGCACAGAAGGUGUGGACGAGCACUCACUUGACAGCUCUCCUGUACUGGAUGACAGAUCGGCACUUUACUCAGGAGUUCACAAGAAGCAAUUCUACUUAGAUGGCUCUUCUGAAAAGCAGCCUGAGGAUGACUCAGACUCACUCACCACUUCUCCUUCAUCCAGCAGUCUAGAUACUUGGGGUGCUAAUAGGAAGCUGGUUAAGACCUUCAGCAAAACUGAUAGCCGUGGACUUAUUAAGCCCCCCAAGAAGCUGGGGACAUUUUUUUCUUACCCAGAAGAGGAGAAGACCCAGAAGGUUUGCCGCUCUUUGACAGAGGGGGAGAUGAAGAAGGGCCUUGGCUCCCUGAGCCAUGGGAGAACCUGUAGCUUUGGAGGAUUUGACUUGACAAAUCGUUCCCUGCACAUUGGAAACAACAACUCUGACCAAACGGGCAAAGAAGGAGACUUCAUUUAUAAAGAAGUGAUCAAAUCACCCUCUGCCUCCCGUAUAUCUAUUGGCAAAAAGGUGAAGUCUGUAAAAGAAACCAUGAAGAAAAGGAUGUCUAAAAAAUAUAGCAGCUCUCUGUCAGAGCAGGACUCCAGCCCUGAUGUAAUGCCAGGUUCUCCGCAGUCACCACAGCCAGAGACUGAUUCUCUGGAUAAGCCCAAACUGAAAGCUGGUGGUUCAGUAGAAAGCCUGAGGAGCUCCUUAAGUGGUCAGAGCUCAAUGAGCGGUCAGACAGUGAGCACGACAGAUUCCUCAGCCAGCAACCGUGAGAGCGUCAAGUCUGAAGAUGGUGAUGAUGAAGAGCCUCCCUAUAGGGGACCUUUUUGUGGACGAGCCAGGGUUCACACGGAUUUUACACCCAGCCCUUAUGAUACUGACUCCCUGAAACUUAAGAAAGGUGAUAUCAUUGAUAUAAUCAGCAAACCUCCCAUGGGCACUUGGAUGGGCCUGUUGAACAACAAAGUGGGCACUUUCAAAUUUAUCUAUGUGGACGUGUUAAAUGAGGAGGAAGAGAAGCCAAAGCGGCCCACAAGGAGACGACGGAAAGGAAGACCACCUCAGCCCAAGUCUGUCGAGGAUCUCCUUGAUCGUAUCAAUUUAAAGGAGCACAUGCCCACUUUUCUAUUCAAUGGUUAUGAAGAUCUGGACACUUUCAAACUGCUGGAGGAGGAAGAUUUGGAUGAGCUGAAUAUCCGAGACCCUGAGCACAGAGCUGUUCUCCUCACAGCUGUGGAGCUUUUACAGGAAUAUGAUAGUAACAGUGACCAGUCGGGGUCUCAGGAGAAACUUCUCAUAGAAGGCCAGGGACUGAGCAGAUGUUCCCCCCGGGAUUCUGGCUGCUAUGAAAGCAGUGAAAACCUGGAGAAUGGCAAGACUCGGAGGACCUGUCUGCUGCCCACAAAGUCAGCCAGUGAGCAUUGCUUUAACAGAAACCAACUGCCAAGUUAUCCAACUCUGCCUUUGACUAAAUCUGUAGAAGCUCUCCAGCAAGGAAAGAAGGAAAUCCGGUUGAGCUGCAUGCAUCACGCUCCCAAGAGCUGCAUCAAGCCUUCAAGCAUCACAGGUUUGAAGAAGAACCGCAGAAGUUUACCAGCAGCUGUCUGCCGGAGCUGCGAGACUCUGGAUGGCACCCAGAAUAUGGCCAAGUGGCCAAGAUCUCAUUCACUGGAUGACCUCCAAGGAGAAUCCAGCACUGACCUACCGAACACUAGCAAGAAAGUAGAUUCUUUCCCUCAGGAUGCACUGGAUGUAUCAAAAAAGACAACUGGCUCUGUCCUGAAGCUUAAGGCUCCUGGGGCUGGCAUGAGGGCAGAAGACAAUCUGCCUAAGCAAAGUAAAGGAACUGCUGAUUCUCAGAAGGGAAGAGCUAGGAAAUUGGACUGCUCAGUAAUAGAGACUUCAUGUGGGACUCCUACUCAGUACCUGCUUAAAUGCUGGGAGGCUCAGCCUACUUUAGUUACCCACAACGUAACAAGGACACCUCUGGAAAAUCAUCAUAAAAGCAGUCAUGACCUUGAAAGGGCUGAUAACUCUCCAAUCCUCAAAGAAAGUCUGAAAGCUGAGCAAAAGGGCAUGAGCGAGGCAAGAAUUCAGUCAAAAAAUCCUUCACAGCCACCACCGGUCCCUGCCAAAAAAAGCCGAGAACGCCUUUCUAAUGGACUAUAUCAUCCCCCUCUGACCCUAAGUGGAGCCCUUUCAAGUCCAGAUGCACCAUGUUUGCCAGUAAAAAGGGCCAGUCCAUCCAGCCCCAUUGAUUGCCGUGUAGUACCUGCCCGUAGGCCCUCUUCUGAGCAGCCCAGUACCCCACCAAGCACACUGCCCCCUUGGCUAGCUGAGCUUUCUGAGACUGCUAGCAUUCAGCAACAUGUGGUAAAGCUAGGCCCUGCUUUAGCCAGGAAAGUCUCUUGUACUAGAGGACUGAAUCUGGAAUUGUUGAUAGAAAACAAGUUGCAGUCUGAAGAGAUUGAUCUCACAGAGGAACCAUAUUCAGAUAAGCAUGGUCGCUGUGGGAUUCCUGAAGCUUUGGUGCAGAGAUACUCUGAAGACCUAGAGCAGCCUGAAAAGGAUGUUGCUACAAACAUGGACCAAAUCCGGGUGAAGCAGUUGAGGAAGCAGCACCGCAUGGCAAUUCCGAGUGGAGGGCUCACUGAAAUCUGCCGAAAACCUGUAUCCCCUGGACAUAUCACGUCGAUAACUGCCUGGCUGAUUUCCAUUGGCCUGCCUAUGUAUUCUAGCUCACUCACAGAAGCAGGAUUCAACACGCUGAGCAAAGUGCCUUCUCUGUCACAAACUUGCCUUCAAGAAGCUGGCAUCACAGAGGAGAGGCACAUAAGCAAGCUCUUGGCAGCAGCAAGACUCUUCAAACCCCUCGAUCCAGAGGCGAUUUAACAUGCUCUGGAAUGUGGCACUCACCUGAGACCCCGCUGCUUCUUAUUGUACCAGUUUUGCCCUAAUUUCUCCACAUGGCAAAUGGAUCAAGCAAGUGGAUCCCAGGGAUAGGCAAAUAAACGCCUCAGAGGAUCUUCCUUUUUUUCUGUCUUUAGCAACUAAAGGAGAAAAGAAGCAACCACUAGGUAACAGAGACGUGGUACUUCCUUAGUCCUCAACAACAAGGUAUUUUUAGUUCUGAAAGUGCAUGGGGCUAGCCAGUGGUUAGACAGCACCCCAUGUGACCAUUAAGCUAAAGGGGCCCUUGCACACUUUCCACAAGAUUGUGACAGUUACACCUGCUGUCAGCCCUGUUUCUGUUGCAAGGUCUCUAUGAAUAGAAGGCCCUCUAUAAUACUGGGUCCCAGUUACCUAGAGUCAGCCCUGAAAGCCACGUACAAGCCAAUGUGCAACUCACCGGCAAAAGCUCUUUAGCAAAUCUUCUUGGGUUUUUUGUUUGCUUGUUUUUUGUUUUAGCAAUCAGAUGCUAAAUACAUACCCUUUUUUUGUCAUCCUCUCUGUUGCUUGGUAUAGUUGCUGUAGACCAUAGAGCCUUUAGCCAGGCCAGAAUAAUGGACUGGAAUUAGUUUACAAUAUUGACUAUUUCUGUUGUUCCAGUACAACUAACCUAACAAAACUCCUUUUGUGUAUAGAACUGAAGUCAUUUUUGUAACUGCUUUCUAGCAACCAGCUUUUUUAUUUGCCUUAAAAUCAGCUUGUCAGCAGUUAUCUAGUGUUCACUUAUCUGUAUCCAACCUUGCUUCAUCCUGUCGUCAUUCCAUGGCACUUAGGGUGAUUUUCAGUUAAAGUAACUUCUAUAAAUUGUCUCGUAACACCUUCUGUUUGUAGAGGCGCUUUUGCAAAUGCAGUGUUUCCAUUGUCAGGUGAACUGUUCACAGUGGUCUGCAUUUGCUUUUUUAUUAAAAGGUUCAGAGUUAUCUUGCCUUGUAUAUAUGUAACUGCUUUUCAUUUUAAUCAUAUUUUUAUGUACUGGGUUAUACUGUCAAUCAUUAUACUGCAGCUUUGACUUGGUAUCCUGACCAUAUCAAUUCAAAACAUUAGUUUCUUCAAAUGAAAGAUUGCCCUGGGGAAAUAAAAUGCACCGAAGAAGCAAACAGCAUCCCAUAGAAAGUAUCAGCGCAGUGAUUUCACUGCCUGGGGGGAGGGGAAAUCUCAGAGUCUUAUGAUAUGCUGUAAUUUUACAAACUUGAUGUCCUCCAGUAUCCAGUGUUUGAAAUGUCUUCUCUUCGGAAGAAAGUGUCGUUCUGGAAUGCUGGACAAACCAUUUUUUGUCCAUAAAAUAAUGAUCCUGUUUUCUGUCUAACCCACUGUAAAAUCUCCCAUUCACAGCUGUGGAUACUAACAGAUUUUAUUUUUAUACAUGGGCACUCAUUUUAUAUACCAAAUACAGAUCACCAUGAAUAGUAUUAACUAGAUUUUUCUUUGGUGUUUAUAUCCUAUGUACUUUUCUUUAACUUACAGUAGUGGAAACUCUUCAUCGUAGACAGAGUAGACUUUCCUUUGGCAGACUAAUUAAAAGAUGUUGUCUAGUGAUCUAAGCACAGGCCUAGAAAUCUGUUUCUAUUACCAGCUCUGUCACGAGCUUGCUAGGUGAAUUUGGGCAAGUCCCUUCCCCUCUCUGAGGCUCAAUUAUUCACUCAUAAAAUGAGGAUAAUGAUGCUUACUCUUCCUGAUAAAAUGCAUUCAGAUUGAUGAAUGAAGUGUUAAAAGUGCUCUGUUAUUAUUGCCUACCCUAAAUCAGGAACGCAGUAAAUUUUACCUAAGGCAAUAAUCUGGCUCUGAGAGUAACAUUAGGCAUCAGUUUUAUUUACCUAUUUUCAGUUGUCACAAGCCUCUGUUAUUUUUAUCAACUCUGCCCUAAAUUCUGCCAUCAGAAUUAAGGACACCAAUGUGUACAGCAUAACUAAUUCACUUCCUCGUAUCAUCUGAAAUUGUUCUGGAUCCAGAGCUCCUUUGCAUUUUGUCUAAAACUUAUUAGCGCUUUUCUCUGGUGAACUGAAGAACUAGUAAGCUCUUGUGUGACAGCAUCAGGGAAUGUGUAACAUAACUGAAUGUUUUGCACAGGUGGCUAGACUCUUACAAAAGAACAACAUGCUUAUAGUAUGGGCCUUGGUUGUUAUAGCAAUGAUUUGUCUGUCAUCCCUCUAAGUCUUAAAGGGAAGCCUAUAGAAAGCAGUCGCUGGAAGGAGUGCUGAGACAUCCACUGAUAGCUAGGGUCACCAGUGAUUAAAAGUAAGCAGACUGCAGAAUACCCAUUAGCAGUUAAGAGGGGUAAGGGACUGCUUACUAUGCACAGUUUGAGUAUGAAGCAUCAUCUGAUACAAAAGGAAAACAACUUCCGCUCAUCACGGGAAAAGGAAGUCAUAUGAUUAAAAAAAUCCCUCACCUUCAUUUUUUUCCCCAACCUGAUUAAUAACAGAAGGAGAGUCACAGCAGAGAAGGAAACAAUCUGGAUUUCUGAAGCUCUCCAUGUCCCAAACACUCAUUGUAAUUCCUAUGACUUUUGAAUGAUUUCAUUGCAUGGAGAAAUCAAACGACACCUAUCAGGACUUUGCCAUGAGGAGGCCAUUCUGACUUGAAUUCCUUGAGAUUUUUGUUGUUAAUAUUGCUCUUUGAUCUGGUUUUUAAAUUCUGCCGUUCAGUCUUCUUUUGUGUUAUAUUUUUAGCAUGUAUUUUUGAUCUUGGAAAAGCCUUACACUGCUCAGUGGGUGAGCUUCUCCUGCUGGUUUCAGUGCAGUUCAAUGACAGGUGGGGGAUUGCCUGGUGUAACAACAAUACCCUGUUCCUUACAAUUUUCUUUUGAAGUGCAACUUCAACUUUCUAAGCAAAAGUUAGCUCGUUGGCUAUUGGGAAGCACUAAAGAAGCCUACUGAUGAAAUGCUAAUCCGCUCUGCUCAGACAAGUACUGCUCUGUGUCCACUGCGUACAAUUCUAACUUGAAAGCUAUUUGGUAAGGGAAGAAGCAUUCCCAAAAUAUUAGCAAGCAACAUUACAAUUGUAAAUUCCUAUUAAUGCCCAUGUAUUACCAUCUGAGUAGCUAGGAUAUACUCCAUGUCCCUGGCCCUGUGCUCUUGUAUAAGACUGGGUUUGGAUGCAAACUGGGAGCAUGGGAAUGUGAUCAAAGGCAUUAAGUAUUAUUCAGCCAGGUCAUUCUCCCUAAGAGCAGCAAUAGAGGUCAAUUCACCAAGUCAUGGCUGUACAGUUGUACUGUAUUAUUUUUAGAAUAAAUAAUACUUUUGGUCCAAGAUAAGGUCAUUCUUAAUUGACACCUUCUGGGGAAAUAAAACUGUCAAGCAAGUUAUGUAACAACUAACAAUGUUGCACUUUCUGUAUAUGAAAUCAGUAUUUAAAUAACUUAUUUUUCUCCAUUUGCUGUUCUUAAAUGAUGUAAGUAGCUGUAAUAUACCAGUACCCAAUGUGUCCUUACAGUUUGCUUCAACCUGAGAAAGCUGUGUAUUGUAAAGAAAACAACAAUAUGAACGUGUAAAGAUUAUUGUGCUCUUUCAUUUAGCCAAAAAAAAAAAAGUUGACAAAAGGGUUUUCCUGUGUAUCAAAUCUUGUCUGUAAUUAUAUGUCAUACUGUUCAUAGACAAAAAGUAAAUACAUUUCCUCAGUCUUA